AUGCCAGCUAAGACACCCAUCUACCUGAAAGCUGCCAAUACUAAGAAAGGGAAGAAAUUCAAAUUAAGGGAUAUUUUGUCUCCUGAUAUGAUCAGUCCACCACUCGGAGACUUUCGCCACACCAUACACAUUGGGAAAGAGGGACAACAUGAUGUUUUUGGAGACAUCUCAUUUCUGCAAGGAAAUUAUGAGCUGUUACCUGGGAACGAGGGAACACCAAGAGUUGGUCAGUUUGGUGGACAUAAUGAGUUCUUAAGGGCAAACAGCACCUGUGACUCCAUGUUUACAGAAACUCCUUCACCCGUGCUCAAAAAUGCCAUCUCGCUUCCUGCCAUUGGUGGUUCUCAAGCCCUUGUGUUGCCCUUAUUGUCACCAGUGACAUUUAAUUCGAAGCGGGACUCUUUUGGGCCAUCAAAGAAUCCAAGGCUUAGUUGUGAGCCAGUAAUGGAAGAAAAAUUGCAGGAGAAAAGCAAACAGUUGGAGAAUGGGGAAAUGUACAAAGAUGACAUUCUAUGGGAGCCAAAUGGUUCUGGAUCGCAUUAUACUAAUGGCAGAGAGAGUCAUUCAUCCAGCCUUUCUGAACAGUGCACUGAUUGGCAAACAGUUGACUUACUUGAUGACAGUCAUCUCUCAUGUGAACUAACCAAGGCAGAGACUAAGUCAGAAGAAUCCUUGUCAGAUCUUGCAGGCUCGCUUCUUUCUUUGCAGCUUGACCUGGGACCCUCACUUCUGGAUGAAGUCCUCAAUGUAAUGGACAAAAAUAAAUCCUAG